AGUUGCGCCAUGAAGAAGCCAAAAUAAUUAACCAGGAAUCAGAGUCAAAGGCCAACAGUAGCACAAGUGAGAUAAGACACACACAACAGAGAGAGAGAGAGAGAGAGAGGGAGAGUGAGACCACGAACCCGUUUUCGGGCUGCAACCAUCAAAAGGCCAUAAAAGACUGAGCGAACGGAAGUCGGCAAUUGGCUGGCAGUCAUGACGACGACGUCGCUGCAACAGAAGCGCCCCAGCAUCAGCAACUGGUUCAGCUCGCUGCGCCGCCAGCCCAAGAGCAAGAAGAGCGGCUCGCUGGGCGGCCGCAGCGUCGGCAGCUUUGGCAGCAAGCAGCAGCUGCAGCGCAGCUGCUUUGAUCUGAGCAUCAAUGCCGUCGGUGGCGCCACGCCCACGGGGGAUGGCAGCGAUCUGCCUGGCAGUCGCAGCAGCAGCACCUUUUACAUCACAGCGCCCCCCAGCAAGGUCGAGGAGGAUCGCCGCCGACUGUUGGGCAAUGCCAGCGGCAACAGCAGCUCCAGCGGCAACAGCAGCAGCAGCACCAUCAGCAGCGGCGUCUGUGCGCGCUGCUUUUGCAAUUUGGGCAGCCUGGUGGGCAAGAAGGAGCCGCCGAAGAAGCUGCAUGUGGACGUCAAGCCGCCGCCGCCCUCGCCGGCGGCCAUCUCCACGCCACGCUCGCCCCGCUCGCCCUCGCUGUCGCCGUUCACCAGCGUGGCCACCUACAAGGUGACCUCGCUGCGAGCCGAGAGCCCUCCGCCCGCGAGUCCCACGCUGAGCACGGAGACCGUUAGCUGCAGCGAUGUCAGCCGCAAGGUGGAGCUGCUGCGUCUGCCCAGCGAGGAGCCGAACACGCAGCUCUUCAACCGGCGCUCCGAGCUGACCCACACAACCACCACGACCACCACACGCACGCUCAUCGUAUCGCGGCCCGUCGAGCUGCUGCUCAAUGAGCGGGGCGAGAUCAUCUCGCGGCGUCCGCCCCAGGCGCCGCGCAAAUCUCGCUCCAACUCGCUCGGCUGCAUGCUGGACGUCGCCGAGGACGGCAUCGACAACGAGGCGCUGCAGCUGGACUCUGAGUCGGAGACGCUCAACUCGGGGCUGAGCUCCCCGCUGACGCCUGAGGCGGGCGAUUUGCGGUUCAUUGACGACAGUUCCAACUCGCAUAGCGAAUCCGAACGCAACUCAGUCAGCCGGAACCACAACAGCAGCAACAGCAACAGCAACAGCAUUGCCGACAACAACAACAGCAGCAAACAGCUGAACAACAAUCACAGCAACAACAACAAUAAUAACAACAACAACAAUCAACAGGCGAAUCUCUGCGAGAGUUGUCGAACGCUCAUGGAGCGCAAUCGCAACAAUGCGGAGCAGAGCAAUGUCGCCAUCCUGAGGCGACCGCAGCAAAUCAAAGAUGAGCUGUGCGAAGUCGUAUCGGAAAUGGAAGCGCUCGAUGUGCCCGAAGACAAGCAUUCCAACAAAGAUAAACAAAUGUCGAUUGGGCGGAAAAAGUUCAAUAUGGAUCCCAAAAAAGGCAUUGAAUAUCUCGUGGAGAAUCGACUGUUGCGCCACGAUCCCCAGGAUGUGGCGCACUUCCUGUACAAGGGCGAGGGCCUGAACAAAACGGCAAUAGGCGAUUACCUCGGCGAGAAAAACGAUUUCAACGAGGAUGUGCUGAAGGCAUUUGUGGCCCUCCACGAUUUCACCAAUCUGAUACUGGUGCAAGCUCUAAGGCAAUUUCUGUGGUCGUUUCGGCUGCCCGGCGAGGCCCAGAAGAUCGAUCGAAUGAUGGAGACAUUCGCCCAGCGCUACUGCCAGCUGAAUCCGGACAUAUUCACCAACACGGAUACCUGCUACGUGCUCAGCUUCGCCAUUAUAAUGCUCAACACAUCACUGCACAAUCCAUCGGUCAAAGACAAACCCACCGUGGAGCAAUUCAUCUCGAUGAAUCGUGGCAUCAACAACGGCGGUGAUUUGCCCCGUGGCCUGCUUGAGUCACUGUACGAGUCGAUACGCACAGAGCCCUUCAAGAUACCCCAAGACGAUGGCAACGAUCUGAUGCACACCUUCUUCAAUCCCGACAAGGAGGGCUGGCUCUGGAAGCAGGGCGGCAGCAAACCUUUGCACAGAUACAAAUCGUGGAAGCGACGAUGGUUCAUACUGAACGACAACUGCCUGUAUUACUUCGAGUAUACCACAGAUAAGGAGCCGCGCGGCAUAAUACCGCUCGAGAAUAUAUCGGUGCGCGAGAUACAGGAUCGCAGCAAGCCGCAUUGCUUUGAGCUGUUUGCCACCGGCGGCGCCGAUAUCAUCAAGGCAUGCAAGACUGAUUCCGAGGGCAAGGUGGUAGAGGGCAAGCACACGGUCUACCGCAUGUCGGCCUCGACGGAGGAGGAUCAACAGGAAUGGAUCAAGCGUCUGACACAGUCCAUCAGCCACAAUCCGUUCUACGAUAUUCUGGUACAAAGGAAAAAGAAGGCGCUCAGCAAGAGUUAGUAUUAGAUCGGCUCGGGAUGGGCGUGACCCCGAUGGGCGUUACUCUUGUAUUGGAUCUCAGUGGAAUAUUGCUGCGUGCGCUUGCGUCUGCGUCUUGAUGUGUGCGUGUGUGUGUCUGUGAAUUGCCCACAGUAAUCUCGUUGUAUGCGUGUGUGCUUCAGUGUGUGUGUAUGUAUAUGUAUAUAUAUAUUAUAUGUGUAUAUUGAAUAAUAUUUAAUUGAAUAUUGUCUUUGUUAUUUGGUCGAGCCUCGAAAGCUGUGCGCACAAACACAUAUCAGAGCUCACACACGUAUCACGCACACAGACACACCCGCACACACACAGACACCAUCUUUGUCUCUAUUGUUGUGAUAUAAAUUAUUUACAUUAAGCAAAUGAAAAACAAAAAAAAUGAUAAUUUACAAAUUGGCAGCAAAUACAAACUGUUAAAUCGAAUGAAAUACAAUUUUCAAUUAGUGCAAAUUAUGUUAUGUUUAGUCUUCGAAUAUGUCUUCAACCUAGCAUUAGUAUCUGAGAGUUGCCCUCACGAUCCCCCACCCCAUAUUGUUUAACGUCUUUAGUGCUAUGAAACAUAUCCCAGCAGCCUGUUAAAAUUAAUUAAAUGCUUGGCAAUUAAUAUAAAAGAUUAUUGUGAAAUUAUUACACAAAUGCCUUUCAAAAACUUUAUUUCAAACAACGAAGAAAAAAUGAUGAAAAAAUUAAAUUUAAUCAUAUUAUAUUGGUUUAUAAGAGACUAGAAAAUUAACAUGGACAAUACAAGCAAAGAAACAUGCAUUUCACCUAUGAGCAUACACAUGUCAGCUAAUAGGUUAUACGUCAAUAGAGUUUAAGCUCUGUUCCCAUGUGUCAUUAGAUAAUGCUGAACCAAAUAUCUGAACAAGAGGAGGUGCCAAGAGGCCCACGACUGAGUAGAGUUCGAAAUGUUUUGUUUUCGUCUGUGUUGUUUGUAUCGUUAAUUUGAUCAGUUUAGUAAUGAAACGAAAUGAAAUGAAAUGAAACGAACCAACCGCAAAGUGUUCCUGCCAAAAUAAACGAGAAGAAUAAUUGUAUAAUUGUAAUAUAUAAUAACUAAACUAAUUGUACACUCUCUAUGUAUAGCGUUCGCUUCAUGGAAUACGCAGCCCAAAUGGCAAAACUCUGCGUAUAAUCAUCCGGGUAGAUUUGUUUUAAACACUAUCUGAUCUAUACCGAACUAGUUUAUUUCCAAUAUCAUUUAGUAUACCUAGACAUUUUGAUGGGGCCCAGUUGUAAUAGCUCAAA